UCCGUGAGAGAGAAGCCCCUGCAGGAGGGUGGGCCUGGCGAGUGCCCUUUGCCAGGGUCCUGCCCAGCCCAGAAGAGGAGCCUCCAAGAGCUGGCAACAUCUGCGCUGGGCCGGCUCACAGAUUUGGCCCAUGUCAAAAGGGCUUUCCAUUCACCUUGCUUUAAGUCAGGGAAGGGGCCUGAUGCCAGGACUCUCGCCCACAUCUCUCCCCCAGGCAGGAAACGUGGAAGGCAGAGGAAUCAAGCAGGCCCAGCAGAACGCCUGUGGUGCCAGAGGGAUGGCCUCUCGCAGCCAUCCGGCCAUGAGGAGGGUCAAGCGGGCCUGGGUCAUCCCCCCCAUCAGCCUACCUGAGAAUCACCGGCGGCUGCCCCACCUUCUGGUCCAGAUUAAGUCAGACAAGCAGCAGCCGGGGGUCGUGGUCUACAGCAUUAAAGGUCCCGGGGUUGAUGAAGACCCCAAGGAUAUCUUCUCCAUCGAUAAUCGGAGUGGUAAAGUCUACCUCAACACUGUGCUGGAUCGGGAAAAACAUGAUCGCUUUCGGCUCAAGGCUUUUGCCCUCGAUCUGGGCGGGGUCCCUCUGGAAGACCCCACCGACUUGGAGAUCGUCGUCCUGGACCAGAAUGACAACCGGCCAGUGUUCCAGCGGGACGUGUUCACAGGGCACGUGGUGGAAGGGGCUGAGCCAGGGACGAUUGUCUUGAAGGCAGAAGCCACAGAUGCCGAUGACCCCGAGACGGACAACGCGGCACUCCGGUACUCCAUCCUGGGCCCAGAAGGGGCAGAGCUGUUUGCCAUCAACGAGCUCUCUGGGGAAAUCCAAGUCUCUCGAAAUGGGCUGGACCGUGAGGUGACGGGCAGUUACAACUUGACACUCCAAGUGGCUGACAUGGCUGGAGAAGGCCUGACCACCACAGCUACAGCGGCCAUCUACGUGGAAGAUGUCAACGAUAACCCCCCUGAAUUCCUCUCGGAUGAGUUCCACCUGGAGGCCCCUGAGAACCGAGAGGGCGUGGAGGUUGGACGGGUGAGGGUGCAGGACAAAGACCAGCCAGGCUCCCCCAACUGGCUGGCCAAGUUCACCAUCCUGGAGGGGGACCCCCGAGGAGCUUUCUCUAUCCACCCUGACCCCCUGACCAAUGAGGGGGUCAUCUCUGUGGUCAAGGCCCUGGACUACGAAGAGCAGAACCGCUAUGAGCUGCUGGUCUCUGUGCAGAACCAAAGCCCCCUGCACCCCUCCGCCCCCAAAGCUGCCCACGCCUUGGCCACGGUGAAGCUCCAGGUCAUGGAUGCCAACGAGCCCCCCUUCUUCCUGGACAACCCCUGCAGGGGGAGGGUGAACGAGGGGGCAGCUGGUGGCACCGAGAUCACCCUCUUCCGUGCCAGGGACCCAGACACCCAACAAGAUCAGCAACUCAGGUACCUGCAGGCCUCUGAGUUGGCCAGUUGGCUGCAGGUGGACUCCAAAUCCGGCCGGGUGGAAGCCCACCAGAAAGUACCCCCACGGUCAACCUUCCUGGGCGGCUGGUACAUCACACAGAUCCUGGCUGUUGAUAACGGGACCCCUCCCCUCACAGCCACGGGGACCCUCUCUGUCGAGGUGCUGGAGGUCAACGACCAUGCGCCCUCCCUCUUCCCCACAACGGGGUCACUGUGCAGAGAAAGGGGCACCUUAGUCCUGAGCGCCACUGACCAGGAUUUGGCGCCCCACGCGGGGCCCUUCCACUUCCAGUUUGGCCUCAGCAGCGCCCACAACUGGACUCUCAGCCACCCCAACGACACCCACGUGGUGCUGCAGCCUCCCGUGGACGUGGCCGAGGGUCUCCACGUCCUGCCACUGCUGGUCAGAGACUCUGGGAUCCCAGCACGGGUGCGAGAAGAGCUGCUGAAUGUCUCCGUCUGUGCCUGCAGCCAGUGGGGAACCUGUGGGGCUCAGGCAGCUGCCACCUCGGGGCCCAGGGCAGGCCUCAGUUUGGGCGGCUUGCUGGCCAUCCUGUGCAGCGCCCUCCUACUCCUGCUGCUGGUGCUGCUGGUGGCCGGACUGGAGCAUUCCCGCCGGCAGGCUCUGCGCAAGGGACUGCUGGGCGCCUGGCAGGACGACCUGCGUGACAACAUCGUCAACUAUGACGAGCAGGGGGGCGGUGAAGAGGACCAGGAUGCCUACGAUCUCUCCCAGCUGCGUGACCCUGAUCUCUUUCGCCCCCCGACUCCCCGGGGGAAGCCCCUUCAGAGGAGGGAUGCCCCCCACAGCUAUGCCUUGCCCCAGCACCUGCAGCGGUGUCCUUCCGACAUCGAGGACUUCAUCAAUGAGGGCCUGGAGGCAGCAGACAGUGACCCCAGCGUCCCCCCCUAUGACACGGCUCUCAUCUAUGACUACGAGGGGGCCUGUUCGGCCAGUGGGUCCCUCAGCUCCAUCCUGUCCAGCCUGGGAGACGAAGACCAGGACUACGACUACCUCCACGAAUGGGGACCACGAUUCCAGCGCCUGGCUGAGCUGUAUGGCCAGUAGGUGGCAGGAAGAGUGGCAGGGCCGGACUGGACAACUGACCAACCUGGCUUGGCCUGCCGCAUCGCCCUCCCGGCUGGCAGGUGGGACACGUGCCCGGCUGCUUCUCUCCGCACCCCAGAGGCAGGGCUCCCUUCCAGCCGCCGUCUUGCCAACUGCAGCUGCACCAGCCUGCGUGCCCUGAAGCCGAAGGCAGGCAGAGACCCCCAGGUGCUUUCCCUGGCUGCCAGCUGAGAUGCUGCUGGCAGCUGCUGGAGGACAGUCCCAGGACCACCCAUGGAACCCCUUGUUUCCCCAGCCGGGGCCCCGACACUCCCAUCCAGGGGCCACAAGAGUUACUAGGCCUAAAGGCAGGGCGGUUGGGUGAGAAAACUUCAGCCUGCCAGGGAACAGAAGAGCCCAUGGGGAGAAGCUAGGACUGGCAACCUUGCAAGAGGCAAGUGGCGAUGCCCCCCUCCCUGCUCAGCAACAGCCUGCCCCCGAUAGAACCGAUCAGGGGCCCGCCCUGAAAAGCAGCUUCCGGUGGCCUAUGGGCAAACCUGGCUGUGUUCCCCCCAGAGCCCAGUCCAAAGGUGCUGCGGUGGCUGCAGCCAGGACGAGACACUUGGGGGUCUCGGCAGGGGAACAGGGCAGGAUUUGAGGGGGGGGCAGCGCUUGCUGUGGCU